GUGGGCGUGUCUUGUAGGGAAGGGACAUAUUUCACAACAUUUCAUGUAUAAAAACGCACCAGUAGGAACACGUAACAUCGCUUACUCUUCAAAUGCCCCGAAGUGAAAACAUUCUGCAAUAUGAUUUAUUUGACAGGCGUGAUCGUGUUGCUUUUAGGAUUGACUGUAGAGGGAAGAAUAGGAGACUCAAACAGUAAAAACAGUUACUGCACAGAGACAAAGGAAUGUCUGCUGUUCGACUUGGUUUGUGAGGGAGACGGUUAUGAGGUACGUCACUAUGAAGGUGCUAAAUGGGUGACAGCAGAGGCUGAUUCCUAUUUUAUGGAAAUGGCCAUGUCAAGAGCUUUCAGGAAACUCUUUAAAUACAUCACUGGAGAAAAUGAGGCUGGUGCGAAGAUUGAUAUGACUGCCCCAGUUAUCAUUAAAGGUAAAGAGAAUAAGAGCAUUACGGAAUCCUCAGUUUAUGUUCUCAGCUUCCUGCUUCCCUCAGACUACCAAGCCAACCCCCCCAAACCUAAUGAUCCAUCUGUGUAUUUCACAGACACCCCUGACAUGAAAGUAUAUGUCAAGAGCUAUGGCGGAUGGAUGAUGUCAUUCAUAGCGAAAAUGCAGGCUAAGCAACUUAAGACAUCACUGGAUAAUGUACAAGCAUCAUAUGAGUCAGACUAUCAUUAUGAUGUUGGUUAUAACAGCCCAAUGACGAUGUUAAACAGGCACAAUGAGGUGUGGUAUAUUGUUAAGGGGGAGCCAGUCUGCCCUAAAACUGAAUAAUUUCAAGGUUCAAAGAGUGAAACACCUACAGUAGAGAACAUCAUAUGGUCCUGUCCUGUUUAUAGGAGCAUGCUCAUUUGUUGUUUUGUGUACUUUUAAUGUGUUUUUUAACUGUAAAAAAUCUUAUCCUGUCUGUCGACACUUCCUUAUUAAAAAAUAGAUAAUGCAAAUAAAAACUGUGAGAUCCUA